GCUUGUCCCAUUUAUGGCUGCUUACUGUGAAGAGCUUCUUUGGACUUCUUUUGUUCUCUUACUUCAUCUACCGCCUGCCCGAGGCUACGCACGUGGUGAAGGCUUCAAUCACGAGUGUACAUGACAUCUGGUGGGAAGGAUGAGCGUUCGGUGGAGUGCAAUAUGCCCUCUACGCACCGUCAACCUCACGAAGGAGCGCUGCCGCACGCCACCGGAUUCCGAUCCAAGCAUGCUCGCAUGGAAAACCUGUGUCCGUUGGCCGCGCGAAUCUGGACCUUGUCAUCGAAAAGCUGUCGGCACUGCCAAAGCAGAUGCUGAUGCAGUGCACCACAAUUACAGCGUCUGUCGUUGUCUUCUUGAGGCCCACAUGAGCUAGAAGUAUAAAAGCAGAUUCUCAAUAAUACCAAGGACCAGCCCACACGGUGACAGCUUCGCAGCUACUUGACGAUAGAGCUCUCGAACGAGAUGUCUUCUGCUACCAUUCCUCCUUUCGCCCCGACGUCCCACUGGCCUUCUUCCGCACACGCCCUUUACUCCGCGAGUUCUUCGAAGACAUGCUCCGUGCAUGACUUGGAGAAGGGCGAAGACGUCACGAAGACUGAGAACUCACUCGUAACGUACUCUGUACCGGUCCUGCCUAGAGGCCAGAAGAGCAGGCUCGAGCCCACGAGUCGCUGGAUCAGGUUUAGGGUGUGGUACAAUCCAUACCGGAUACUCUUCACAAUUGCCUUCGUCCUCAACAUGGUCGGCAUCGUCAUCACCUCCACCGGACACUGGCCAUAUGCGGACAACCACAUCGCUGCCUUUGCCCUCGGGAACUUCGCCGCAGCGGUCGCAUGCCGUAACGAAUUCUUCCUCCGCUACUUCGUCUUCUGGCCGACUGUCAAAGUGUUCCAGAAGUGGUCGCCGCUCUGGUGGCGGAUAUUCCUGACGAGCUUCAUCCAGCACAUUGGAGGUAUCCACUCAGGCUGCGCGACGUCAGGCAUCGCAUGGUUCAUCUUCAGUGUCGUCCGCACGUUUCAGCGCCACACGAUACAGCAUACCUCGAAGGUCGUCCUUGCCUGGGGUAUCAUCACGCUCGUGGUUUCAGUCGUUGUCAUGGUCGCCGCGGCUCCGUGGAUCCGCCAUCAUCAUCACAACUUCUUUGAGUAUCACCAUCGCUUUGCCGGAUGGGCCUCCAUCGUGUUCAUCUGGAUCUUCGUCUGUACGUCAGACAGCUACGACCCUGCCACCGGACAGUUCUAUCCCAACGGCCGCCGCUUGAUAAAAAUGCAAGAGCUCUGGUACACCGUCUUUGUCACUCUUAUCAUCAUCGCCCCGUGGCUCACCGUCCGCAAGGUCCCUGUCGAGAUCACGGCGCCUUCGCCACGCCUGGCCGUCAUCAAGUUCCAAAGGGGUAUUCAGCAGGGGCUGCUCGGCCGUAUCAGCCGAAGCGCAGUGGGCGAAUACCACGGCUUUGGCAUUAUCUCCGAAGGCAUCGAGAGCGGAACCCAUUACAUGAUUGCGGGCGUGCAAGGCGAUUGGACACGCGGGCUUGUCGCGGACCCGCCCAAAUUCCUCUACACACGCGAGAUGAAGUUCGCUGGGCUGCCGUACCUUGCCCAUCUCUUCCGCCGCGGCAUCUGCAUUUGUACGGGUUCUGGUGUCGGGGCCGUGCUCUCCACAUGUGCGCAGCUGGACAACUGGUUCCUUAUCUGGAUCGGUUCCGAUAUGGAGAAGACGUUUGGGCCCGUCCUCUUCGACAUGAUCACCCGCACUAUCCCAAAGGAUCGCUAUAUCUUGUUUGACACCAAGGAGCGCGGUUGCCGGCCUGACACCAUGCAGAUGCUCCGUGAUGUGUACGAUUCGUUCAAGGCAGAAGUCAUCAUCAUUACGUCCAACCCCCAAGGCAAUGCGGAGCUGAUGCAGGGUUGCAAAGAGAACGGCAUGCAUUCGUUCGGCCCCCUAUGGGACUCAUAAUCAUUGAUUCAACCCUGUAAUUACUUAGACUAUUUAAGGACCAUUUAGACUACGUAUAUCAUCGGCAUAAUGUUCGUAAAAUAGAGCUGCCUAUUAUUGCCCAGUUGUACUUUCCCAAUUGGAGUCCGCGAGCACCGCUACCA